AGUGUCGUGGCCGCCCGGCAGGGCUGGUCGCCUGGCAACGCGGGGUCCUUCCUGGCUCGGCGGCGCUCGCGGCCUGAGCGGAGGAGGCCUCCGCGGAGGGCGCUGGGGGCGGUGGCCGCGCGGCGGGGGCGGCCGCGGGGCGGCGACGCGGGCUGCGCGCGCCGGGAGCCGACCUCUGCGCGGAGGGGACAUGAACGCGGCCGACAAGGCCCGGCUGGGGCCCGCGGUCGACGGGGCCGCCCCGCCCGAGGACGAGGAGGGCGAGGGGGGCGGGAAGGACCCGGCGACGGACGCGGCCCCUGGGCCCAGCGCCUCGUUCCGCCUCAUGGUGACUCGGCGGGAACCGGCCGUGAAGCUGCAGUACGCGGUGAGCGGCCUGGAGCCGCUGGCCUGGUCGGAGGACCACCGCGUGUCGGUGUCCACGGCCCGCAGCAUCGCCGUGCUGGAGCUCAUCUGCGACGUGCACAACCCGGGCCAGGACCUGGUGAUCCACCGCACCUCGGUGCCCGCCCCUCUCAACAGCUGCCUGCUCAAAGUUGGCUCAAAAUCAGAAGUUGCUGAGUGCAAGGAGAAAUUUGCCAGCUCUAAAGACCCCACCAUCAGCCAGACUUUCAUGUUGGAUAGGGUGUUCAACCCUGAGGGGAAGGCCUUGCCACCAAUGAGAGGGUUCAAAUACACCAGCUGGUCUCCCAUGGGUUGUGAUGCAAAUGGCAGGUGCCUCUUGGCAGCGCUGACCAUGGACAAUCGCCUGACUGUCCAGGUGAACCUCAACAGACUCCAGUGGGUCCAGCUGGUUGAUCUGACUGAGAUUUACGGAGAGCGUCUCUAUGAGACCAGUUACAGGCUCUCUAAAAAUGAGGCUCCAGAGGGAAAUCUCGGGGAUUUUGCUGAAUUUCAGAGGAGGCACAGCAUGCAGACCCCAGUCAGAAUGGAGUGGUCGGGCAUCUGCACCACUCAGCAGGUCAAGCACAACAAUGAGUGUAGGGACGUGGGCAGCGUGCUCCUGGCUGUCCUCUUUGAGAACGGUAACAUUGCCGUGUGGCAAUUUCAGCUGCCCUUUGUAGGAAAGGAGUCCAUCUCCUCAUGCAACACGAUUGAGUCUGGAAUCAGCUCCCCUAGUGUUUUAUUCUGGUGGGAAUAUGAGCACAAUAAUCGGAAAAUGAGUGGCCUUAUUGUGGGGAGUGCUUUUGGACCCGUAAAAAUUCUCCCUGUCAAUCUCAAAGCAGUCAAGGGCUAUUUCACCUUGAGGCAGCCUGUUGUCUUGUGGAAAGAAAUGGACCAGUUGCCUGUGCACAGCAUUAAGUGCGUGCCGCUUUAUCACCCCUACCAGAAGUGCAGCUGCAGCCUGGUGGUGGCUGCAAGAGGGUCCUACGUGUUUUGGUGUCUUCUUUUGAUCUCCAAGGCAGGUCUGAAUGUUCACAAUUCCCACGUCACAGGCCUUCACUCCCUGCCCAUUGUCUCCAUGACUGCAGACAAACAGAACGGAACCGUGUACACUUGUUCCAGCGAUGGGAAGGUGAGGCAGUUGAUUCCCAUCUUCACAGAUGUCGCAUUAAAGUUCGAGCACCAGUUAAUUAAACUCUCAGAUGUGUUUGGCUCAGUGAGGACUCAUGGGAUAGCAGUGAGCCCGUGUGGUGCGUAUCUGGCCAUCAUCACAACUGAGGGCAUGGUCAAUGGCCUUCAUCCUGUCAACAAAAAUUAUCAGGUCCAGUUCGUUACUCUCAAAACCUUUGAGGAGGCAGCUGCUCAGCUCCUGGAGUCUUCAGUGCAGAACCUCUUUAAGCAGGUAGAUUUAAUAGACCUAGUACGCUGGAAAAUUUUAAAAGAUAAACAUAUCCCUCAGUUUUUACAUGAAGCUUUGGAAAAAAAGAUCGAAAGCAGUGGAGUCACCUAUUUUUGGCGUUUUAAGCUUUUUCUCCUGAGGAUUUUAUACCAGUCAAUGCAGAAAACUCCUUCAGAAGCCUUAUGGAAACCUGCCCAUGAAGACUCAAAAAUCUUGAUCGUUGACUCUCCUGGGAUGGGCAAUGCAGAGGAUGAGCAGCAAGAAGAGGGCACCUCUUCCAGGCAGGUGACUAAGCCAGGCCUGCAGGAGAGGAGCAGAGAGGGCGAAGCAGAGGAGCCCACAGACGACUCACUGCCCCCAUCGGGAGACAGUGGAGGCCACGAGGCAGUGGAGGAGAAGCUCCUUGAGAUCCAAGGGAAGAUCGAGGCUGUGGAGAUGCACCUGACCAGGGAGCACAUGAAGCGCGUCCUGGGGGAAGUGUACCUGCACACCUGGAUCACGGAGAACACCAGCAUCCCCACCAGAGGGCUCUGCAACUUUCUAAUGUCUGACGAAGAGUACGAGGACAGAACGGCUCGGGUGCUGAUCGGACACAUCUCAAAGAAGAUGAACAAACAGACUUUCCCUGAGCACUGCAGCUUGUGUAAAGAGAUCUUGCCGUUCACAGAUCGCAAGCAGGCCGUCUGCUCUAAUGGGCACAUCUGGCUCCGGUGCUUUUUAACCUACCAGUCCUGCCAGAGCUUGAUAUACAGACGGUGUUUGCUCCAUGACAGCAUCGCUCGGCACCCAGCCCCAGAAGAUCCUGACUGGAUUAAGAGGUUGCUGCAGAGCCCCUGUCCUUUCUGUGAUUCUCCUGUCUUCUGAAUGCAGUAGUGGAGGGCAGAAGGGCGUGAGCUGUGGAGCAUUCCAGAGCAUGGGAAGCCGUGCGCUGGAGGAAGCCGACUGCGUGGAGAGGUGCUCUUCCUAACCAUCGCCAGGGCCUCUCUGGGAGGGCAGCGCACACCAUCUCCAGGACUAAAAGAUAUCUUUCAAGUGAUUGAAGGCUUGGUAUCAUUUUGAGAUGGACGUGGUCCCCCAGCUCCUUACCCAAUGAGGAACGUUUACUUUCAAGUGUCUUGAUGAAAACAGUUUGAACAAAAAAUUGUCCUAUGGAAUCUAGGAACCUGGUGGUCUCUGGUAGAGAAUUGUGUGAGGGCCUUCUGGGCUGAGUUAGGUCUUAUCCUUUUUUGGUCUGAGGCAGCCCAUGGCUCUAGAGGGCUUGAAUAGCCUGGUCCGUGCAUUCCACGCACCAACAGAUAUUAAAAGUAUUAAAACAA